GACUUUGCUCUCAUCAUGGAGCAUCACAAGGUGGUUGUUAGGAGCCCGCCCAUCAUGCCAAAAUAAUAAGAGAUUAGGUUCUGGAAGCUCUCCAAUGUGCAGAGAGAUUCCUCCUUACCAACCAGUCGAUUAACAUUUUGUUCUCUCUUGGAAGACUGCUGAGUAGUACUAGUGAUUGAGACGCCUAUAUAUUUCUUUCUUUCGUUUCCUGCGUCCCUGCAGACGAGUUGAAGCUUGAAGCAGUGUGUACCUGCAACUCCAGCGCACCAUGACAACCAAGGAUUCUACCUUGAUCAUUGAAGUGGACCUCCAAUGCGAGAAAUGUUACAAGAAGAUUCAGAAAGUUCUCUGCAAACUCCAGUCCAAGGAGAUCAUCAAGAAGAUUGACUACGAGAACACCAAGAACAAGGUCACCGUCGUCGGUGCUUUCGACCCCAAGAAGCUGUCCAAGAUACUGAGAUGCAAGGCCUGCGACGUCAUCAAGGACAUCACCAUCGUCAAGCCUCCUGAGGAGAAGAAACCCACAGAAGAGAAGAAGAAGCCUGCCGAGGAGAAGAAACCCACAGAAGAGAAGAAGAAGCCUGCCGAGGAGAAGAAGCCCGAAGAGAAGAAGAAGCCUGCCGAGGAAAAGAAACCCGCAGAAGAGAAGAAGCCCGACGAGAAGGCGAAGGCGAAGCCUGCCGCGGCGCCGCCGUCGACGAUGGUGAACCUGCAGUUCACCAACAUCUGCGGCAUCUGCUAUCCGUGGCCGUGCAACGACCCGGCGCACUGGGGCGGCUUCCACCACCCGCACCAGCUUCCUCAGUGGCCACCGUGCGGAGGGAUGGCUCCGGCUCCGGCGCCGGCGCCUGCCCCGCCGGUUCACAACCACCCGAAACCGCCCUGCGGCGGUGGCCCUCAGAAAUGGGCGCAGUGCGGCGGCCCUCCGUUCUGCGCAGGCUGCGCGUGGUGCGGCGGCGGCGGCGGCGGCGGCAUGAACUGCUGGGCGCCGCCGGCGCAGCAGCCGAUGUGCUGCCCCGGGCCGUCGCUGUGCAGAGGGUGCAACGGGUGCAAGAUCGUGCGUGAGACCAAGUUCAGCUACGAAGAGUACCCCUCCAGUGCAUGUGCCAUCAUGUGAUCAUCAUCUUACUCCUACUUGUGUUGUGCUGUUCAAUCUUACACUAAUUAGCUCUCUGAAUUUUGGUCAAAAAAAGUAAUAGUGUAGUUAAUCUUUUUCUUGCAAAGGAAAAGUUCCUUUUUUGUUGUGGUAAUUUGUUUCUUUUUUUCAAUUUCCAUCCAUAGUCAAUCUUCAGUGCACAAGAUGUGUUUAUGUCCAAUUAUUUGUCCAUGAACAGUAUACACAUUUUGUUCA